CAACGCGGAAGUAGGGCUGGAGAAAAUAGACUUCUUCUCACAUGGUGAAAAUGGCUGCGGGUGAGGAAAACCAGCAAGGCCACAGAGCUGGUGUUUACAAACAGAAAAACAAAGGGCACAAACAUGGCAAGCAUCGGACGAAGGGCGAGAUUGAAAAGGAUAAUAAAGGCCGAGUAUCAGUGACGGCGCUCACCAAGAAGCAGCGGCGAGAGCAGAAGAGGAUGGACCGGAGACAUCAAGCCAACCAGCACCGCAAGAACAAGAAAGACAUGGUCCUCACCGAGAAGCGGCGUUUAGGCAGCAAGGACGGCCCCCCGCAUCUGGUCGUCGUGGUGACGCUCCACGCUGGGGUGGACGCGGCGGCCGUGGCCAAGCUGCUCUGUAGCGAGGGAGCGGGCGGCCUGGUGAGGCAGGAGCGGUGCGUCAGCGGCGUGGCGGAGAGCUUUGGUCUGAUCCUGCCGCGCUUCAAACAGAGGUUCACCCUGGUGCGCCCCGACACAGCUGACCUGUACGCGCUCCUGGACUUGGCAAAGAUGGCGGACAGCCUGGUGUUUGUGCUGGAUCCUACCGAGGGCUGGGACAGCUAUGGAGAUUACUGCCUGUCCUGUCUCUUCGCUCAGGGUCUGCCCAGCCACGUUCUGGUGGGCCAAGGGGCCCCCGAGCUGUCCGGUAAGAGGCGAGUGGAGUCCAAGCGGGCGCUGGCAAAGAUCCUGGAGUACCGCUUCCCCGACUCCCGCCUCUUCCCGCUGGACACGGAGCAGGACGCUCUGCUGAUCCUCCGGCACCUGAGCGCCCAGAGGCAGAGGAAGCUGGGCUUCCGCUCCCGCCGGCCCCACCUGGUGGCCCAGAGCGUCUCCUACACCCCCAACACCUCCGCCCCGGGCGGGGCCCCGGCCACGGGCCUGGGGACCCUGCACGUGUCGGGGUACGUGCGCGGCUGCCCGCUGCAGGUGGACAGGCUGGUGCACCUCACGGGCUACGGGGACUUCCAGCUCAGUCAGGUGGACGCGCCCGCGGACCCACUGCCGCUCAUCUUCCCCACGACCAGAACGGCCAAACCCGGGAAGGAAGGGGAGGUGGACAUGCAGGACACGGACGCGGCCCCAGUGCGGGUCCUCAUGAAGGCGGACCCCGCCCGCAGGGAGAGCCUGCAGGCCGAGGCCGAGGUGGACCCCAUGGACGGGGAGCAGACCUGGCCCACUGACACAGAGCUGGUCGAGGCCGAAGAGGCCAGGAAGGUCAAGAAACUGAUGAAAGUUCCCAAGGGGACAUCGGACUACCAGGCCAGCUGGAUCGGCGAGGAGCUUGAUGGGGAUGCAGAGAGCUGUGACGACGACGAAGACGACGAGGAUGAUGACGACGAUGGUAUGAUGGACGAAGACAUGGAAGGAGACGAUGAGGACAUCGACUCCCAGUGCGCAGACUCCCAGACCGCAGGCUCGCUGUGCGGCUCCGACGAAGAACAGGAGGAGCUGAGCCCGACGGAGCCCACUGGGGCCGACCAGCGCUACGACGACCACAUCGACGAGGAGGAGGAGGGGGAGGGGCUGAAGCGGUACCGCGAGGCGCGUGCCCACGAGCUGUUCCCCGACGAGGUGGACACGCCCCUCAACAUGCCCGCUAAGAACAGGUUCCAGCGGUACCGGGGUCUGAAGAGCUUCCGGUCCACGCCGUGGGACCCCAUGGAGAACCUGCCCCCGGACUACUCGCGGAUCUUCCAGUUCAAGAGCUUUGACCGCACCCGCCGCCGCAUCCUGGCAGAGGCCGCGAAGGAGGAGGAGGGAGCCAUGGUGGGCUGGUACGUGACCCUUCACAUCAUCGAUGUCCCCCCCUCGGUCAUGGAGGGGGUUGCGGCAGGACGUCCCCUCGUGGUGGUGUCCCUCAUGCCCCAUGAGCAGAAGAUGUCGGUGAUGCACCUGCUGGUGAGGAGACAGCCCAACAACAAGGACACCAUCAAGGCCAAGGAGGAGCUGGUGUUCCAGUGUGGCUUCAGGCGCUUCAGGGCCUCGCCAAUCUUCUCGCAGCACACCACGGCGGACAAGCAUAAGAUGGAGCGCUUCCUCCGCCAGGACGCCCCCACCGUGGUCACCGUAUACGCCCCCAUCACCUUCCCCCCUGCCGGGACGCUGGUCUUCAAACAGAGAGACGACGGCAUGCAGGACCUGGUGGCUACAGGCAGCCUGCUGAGCUGUGACCCCCAGCGGGUGGUGCUGAAGAGGCUGGUCCUGAGCGGACACCCCUUCAAGAUCAACAAGCACUCGGCGGUGGUCCGCUACAUGUUCUUCAACAGAGAGGACAUCCUGUGGUUCAAGCCUGUGGAGCUAAGGACCAAGUGGGGCCGGCGCGGCCACAUCAAGAUGGCCCUAGGAACCCACGGCCACAUGAAGUGCCAGUUUGACAACCAACUGCGCUCCCAAGACACGGUGAUGAUGAAUCUGUUCAAGAGGGCGUACCCACGCUGGACGUACGACCCCUACGCGCCCAUACCCUUACCCUGGGUGAAGAGUGAGCUCUCUGAGGAGAUAGAGGACGCUGACAUGGACUAGCAGCCUGUUGUUCUUGUUAUAAUUACUGUGUGUGUGUGUAGCGACUUUCAAUGGACUAAUCAGGCACGGGUUUCUAAGAAACAGUGGCACAAAUGAAAUAAAUAAUUUCUCACUCUGCUA